CUGCAAAGGGUGAACACGUUUGUUUAUUUUUUUGCAGCAAACAUUUUUCAUCAAUUUCGAGGCUUUUUUGAGGAUUUUUCGACUUAAAUAUGGGCAAGAAAAAGAAGUUUAUCGACAAAAAGAAGGCCGUCACCUUCCACUUGGUGCAUAGAAGUCAACAGGAUCCCCUAAUUUGCGACGAAAAUGCUCCUCAACACGUUCUGGUGCCCGCUGAUGGGGCAACUCCCGGUCCAAGUACCUCAAAAUCACAAAAUAAACUCGAUCCAGCAAAACGCAAGGAAGAACAAAAGAAAUUUGGCAUUUUCUUCGACGAUGACUACGAUUAUUUGCAACAUUUGCGCGAUGUUGGACAACAAGUUGUCAGCUGGGAGCCCGUUGAGCCACGACAAAAGAACAAAUCCGGUGAAGAACCAAAAGCGGCAAAAAUUCAACUGCCAUCAUCGGUGUUCGCUUCAGAAUUUGAAGAAGAUGAAGGCUUGCUGAGACGUGCAAUUCCCGUCAAAGGUCCCCGUCCCGACUGGGAUCCCGAUGUCGUUGCAGCUCUCGACGAGGAUUUCAACUUUGACGAUCCCGAAAAUCAACUCGAAGACAAUUUCAUGGAACUGGCGAUGCAAGAAGGCGAAGAAUACGACGAAGAUGACGAGAAAAAUUGGAGCGAUUAUGAUUCCAAUGCGGCAGACGAGAGUGGAAAUGAGUACGAUGACGAGGAAUAUGACGAUUUAGGUCCCUUGCGUGGUUUCGGAAACGAAGAAACAAAAUCCCGCUUCACCGAAUACUCGAUGUCGAGUAGCGUGAUUCGUCGAAAUGAGCAACUUACCUUGCUGGACGACAAAUUUGAGAAGUUUUACGAGCAAUAUGACGACAUGGAGGUUGGUGCUUUGGAUUGUGAUGAAAUUGAGGGCACAAUGGAUCCGAAUGACGAGAUGCUUUUGCGAUUCGCCACGGAAUUCAAGAAGGAACACAAAAGUAUACCGUAUGAAAAGUCCUACGACAUUUGUCGCAUGGUAAAAAUGCAGAUGAAAGACGAGUCGAGUGAAGAGGAAAUGGUGGAACUUGAAGUCUCAGACGACGAAGAGAAGAAAUGGGAUUGUCAGAGUAUCCUUUCGACAUAUUCCAACUUGUAUAAUCACCCAAAACUCAUCCAGGAACCGUCGAAACGCAAGAAAAAGAUUGAAAUUGACCCGAAAACGGGAGUUCCGAAGAACGUUUUUUCCGAAAAUACCUCAAAACUCACGGCAAAAGCUUUAUCGAAGCUGAACACAAAUUCAAGUGAACCAUCCUCCAGUCAAGCUGGUCCAAAAUCGCUGUGUGCUCAAAGUGUCAUCUCAACAUUGAGCGUCCUUUCAAUCCGCCCAAAGGAUGAAACCCCCGAGGAAAAGAAGGAACGCAAAAAACUCCUCAAAGAUUACCGCGCUGAACGACGAAUUGAACGAAAAGCCAACACUUUAGCAUUUAAAGAGGAGAAACGACGACAAGAUCAGAUCAAAGCCAAUAAUCGGAAUAACAUCCAAGGCAAUAGAAUACUGUAAAAGAGGAAAAUUUUUCCUGCGAAUGUUGAAUUUUGAAUAAACUGAAGUAAAUUUCCAUUAAA